AGUAGUGUUGUGCAUAGUUAUUUAUUAACAGACGCUGAAAUCUAUAUAAAAAGAAACAUAAAACGUCGUUUAAAAAUGUCUCGCAAUGAGAAAAUGAAGUCAGCGGGCUUUCUGGACAACUUUUUUGGUCGCAAACACAAAGUUUAUAGCGGAAGUGGACUGGAGGAACACCAUGAGACUGAUAUCAGUCUCGGCGUUUCGAAACUUAGCAAUGACGAAAUAAACAUCAAGUUCAUGGAUAUUUUGGAAGAUAUGAAUAUACCAAAAGAUAAAAGGGAGCCAUUGAUGCUUAAAGAUAUGCGUGAGAAACGUGAGAUGUUGAUAAUGCACUAUAAAGGCAAAGCGUCCUCUUGGACAAGCUCUCGCUUUGAAAAACCUCAAGAUUACAAACUUUAUUUGCGUGAAGGUGAUCACAGUUCCAGUAAAAUAUUACAAUGUGUUGAGAGUUUACGAGUGGCCUUGACAAGUAAUCCAAUUAGUUGGAUAAAAGAGUUCGGAGAAGAAGGAUUAGAUGAAAUUGUUGCAUUGUUACAAAAAUGUAAACAGAGAAAGGACUAUGAUAAGAUUGAAUUCGAGUGUAUUCGAUGUCUGAAAGCCAUCUUAAAUAACUCAUGGGGUAUAAAUGUCGUUUUGAAGCCGGAGCAACAUGCAGCAGUAGUGCUUCUUGCUCAAAGCUUGGACAUUUCCAAGCCACAAAGUAUGUGUGAGGCUCUAAAACUUUUGGCAGGUUUUUGCCUUUUAAAUGAGCGAAACGGAUACAACAAGGUACUUUCUGCGAUUAGUUGCGCUUCGGCGGAACGUUUUAGGCCACUAGUAGACGGCCUUUUUGUAGAACACAAUUUGGAAGAAAGGGGUCAAAAGAUUGAAACCAGGGGAGAUUUGUGUUAUCACUCAUUGCUAUUCAUAAAUACUAUCAUAAAUACCCCAUCUGAAUUGAACUUUCGUCUUCAUUUAAGGUGUGAAGUAAUGAGAACUGGACUUUAUGAGCGCUUAGAUUUAUUAGCUGACAUCGUUAACACCAGUAAUAAUGAAAAUCUCGAAAAGCAUUACAAGAUUUUCACAAAUUUCAAAGAUGAGGAUUUUGAAGAAUUUAGUUCCCGAUUUGAUAAUAUUCGACUAGAAAUCGAUGAUGUUAAUGACUGCUUCGAGAUACUUCGCAACACUGUAGUGGAUACUAACUCUGAGCCAUAUUUUUUGUCAAUCUUACAACACUUACUAUACAUACGGGAUGACUAUCUUUAUAAACCAGCAUACUAUAAGCUAAUAGAAGAAUGUAUAUCUCAAAUUGUAUUGCAUAAAAGUGGCUGUGACCCCAAUUUUAAAAGUAGAGAUUUCCAUAUCGAUACGACUGUGUUGUUGGAUGAUCUUGCUGAAAGAAAUAAAACUUUGGAAACCAAAAGAUUAGAAGAACUAGAGAGAAAAAUAGAAGAGCUUCAGGCCCUUAAACAAGAAGCCGAAGCAAAAGUAGCUCAUUUAGAGGACAAAUUGAAAAAUUGUGUUUCAAGUAAAACCUCUAUAGGAACUCCACAGCUUGGGGAAAUAACAGGUGCUAAGGUUCCUCCACCUCCUCCGCCGCUUCCAGGAAAACCUUUUGGUAAUUCAGGAUCAACGGGAGCAAACGCGACAACAACACCACCACCACCACCACCACCACCACCUUUCGUAUUAGGGGGUUUAAAUAAAAAAUCUGGAGUACUACCACCACCACCACCACCUAUGAAUCCGAUUAUGUUAAAUCAAAAAAAGACAACUAAUGAGCUUCCAUCAUUUUUAAAACCUAAAAAGAAAUAUGUUGUAGACGGGCCCAUGAAACGUGCUAACUGGAAACCAAUCGCCCCUCAAAAAUUAUCUUCGAAAUCUUUAUGGACAAAAAUCCAGGAAGAUAACAUUCCAGUAGAUGACAUUUUUAAUGGUUUAGUGGAAAAGUUUUCUACAAAACCAGUAAAAGCAGUGACCAAGGAUACAAUUGACAAGCCAUCAGCUCCUGUGAAGAAAAACAUUGAUCUUAAGGUACUUGAUGGUAAAGCUGCACAAAGUCUCUCAAUACUACUAGGUGGACCUCUGAAACAUAUGACACAUGAUCAAAUUAAAAGCUGUUUAUGGAAAUGUGAUACAUCAACGUUGUCACCAAAUGUUCUGCAAUUACUAAAACAAUAUCUUCCACCCCCAAGCCAAAUUAAAAAAUUAAUAGAUUUAAAAAAGAGUGGCGAGAUUCUUGCGGUGGUCGAAGAGUUUGUCGUGAAUCUAUCUGAUAUCAAACGUAUAGGUGCGCGUUUGGAAAGCCUUCAUUUUAUGCAAACUCUGCCUGAUAUGAUAAAUGAUAUAAAACCAGAAAUAGUAUCUGGAACAUCUGCUUGUGAAGAAAUAAAGCAUUGUGAAAAGUUCGCUAAAGUUUUGGAGUUGAUAUUGCUAUUUGGAAAUUAUAUGAACUCUGGAUCCAAGCAAGACUCGGUAUACGCUUUUGAAAUUAGUUUUUUGACAAAGUUGUCCAACACAAAGGAUGUACACAACAAAGAAACACUGUUACAUUAUUUAGUGUCUGUCAUUGAAAAACAAUUCCCUGAUGUUUUACAUUUUUAUGAAGAUAUUCCGCAUAUAGAUAAAGCUGCACGAAUUAGUUUAGAUAACAUCAGAAGGACUAUGACCACAUUAAACAGCUCCGUAAAAAAUGUGGAAAAUGAUUUAAUUGCAAACAAAAUCCCACAAAAUGAAGAGGAUUGUUUUACUUCAGUUUUUGACAAUUUUAUUAAUGGUGCAAGGCAACAAGUGGAGGUUUUGGGGAAAAUGGUACUUCAAAUGGAGAAACUGUAUAAGGAAAUUUCAGAAUUUUUCAGUUUUGACAUAAAUAAAUACGCAAUGGAAGAUUUUUUCUCUGAUAUUAAAACGUUUAAAGACUCAUAUAUUCAAGCAUAUCAAGAUAAUUUGAAAGAGCGCGCGAUACAAGAGAAAAAUCAAAGGGCCAAUGCAGCUCGAGAGCAACAUGAGAGAGAUAUUCAAGAGAGACAACAAAGAAAGUUGGCUAUUGUGGACAUUGAUGCGGCUCAAACUCAGGAAGGGGUGAUGGACAGCUUGCUCGAAGCUUUACAAACUGGUUCAGCAUUUGGGAAUCGAGAAAAAAGAAAAAGAAACGCAGUGCGACCAGCAGGAGCAGAAAGAAGAGCACAAUUAAGUCGUAGUAGAUCACGAAAACAAAUGUACUCAACAAAUCGUGAAAAUAGUAAUUUGCUAUUUAUAUCCUAGUCUUUUAUAUAUACCUAUCAAUCAAUAUUCUAUAUUGAUAUUUUGUACUUUUUCAUAUCUGAGAGUCAUUUAAUUUUUUUCAACAUAUCCUUAAAAAACAAAAUAAAAAACAAACUAGAA